CGAACCCAAACACUCAAACAAGCCGCAGCAGAAACCAAACCCCGACCCAGCCGACGAGCGGCGGCGCGGCGGCGAGGCGAAGGGCAAAGCAUCCCGCGACACUGAUCUCGGCGGCGGCGGGGAUGGAGUCGGUGGAGACGCUGGUGGCGCACAUCCAGGGCCUCUCCGGCAGCGCGGACGAGCUGGCGCACCUCCAUACCCUGCUCAGGCAGGCGGACGGCGAGCCCCUCCGCGCCCACUCCGCCGGCCUCCUCCCCUUCCUCGCCCAGCUCCACCCGCAGGCCCACUCCCUCGGCUUCCUCUACCUCCUGGAGGCGUUCGCGUCGUCGGCUUCCAACCUGCGGGCGCAGGGUGGCGGGGACUUCCUGGUGACCAUGGCCGAUUUCCUCACCUCCUGCUCGGCGGAGCAAGUACGCAUGGCGCCCGACAAGUUUCUGAAUGUGUGUAAGGUGCUCAAGAAUGAGGUUAUGCAGCUCAACGUGCCGAUUAGAGGGAUUGUCCCUCUGCGGGCAGCAAUCCGCAAGAUCCAGACUUCAUCUGAAGAGCUCACCCCGAUCCACGCGGAUUACCUUCUUCUGUGCCUGCUCGCGAAGCAGUACAAGGCUGGCCUAAGCAUCCUGGAAGACGACAUACUUGAAGUCCAUCAGCCAAAGGACCUGUUUCUCUAUUGCUACUAUGGGGGGAUGAUAUAUAUUGGGCUGAAGAAGUUCACUAUAGCACUGGAGUUCCUUCACAAUGCUGUUACCUCGCCAAUGUCAUCAUUGAAUGCUAUUGCUGUUGAAGCUUACAAGAAAUACAUCCUAGUUUCGCUCAUUCAGAAUGGACAGGUUCCAUCAUUUCCAAAGUACGCAUCUACAACUGCUCAAAGGAACCUGAAAAAUCACGCUCAGGUUUAUGUUGACCUGUCUACAUGCUACGGAAAAGGUAGCUACUCUGAAUUAGAGGAAUAUAUCCAGUUGAAUGCUGAGACGUUUCAAUCGGACAACAACCUUGGACUUGUGAAGCAAGUGCUCUCCUCAAUGUACAAGCGAAACAUCCAGAGGUUGACACAGACCUACCUGACUCUUUCGCUUGAGGAUAUUGCCAGUUCUGUUCAACUUAACACCCCAAAGGAAGCUGAGAUGCAUGUGCUUAGGAUGAUUGAAGAUGGUGAGAUCCAUGCGACCAUAAACCAGAAGGAUGGGAUGGUCAGCUUUCAGGAAGAUCCUGAGCAAUACAAAAGCUGUGAGAUGGUUGAGCGUAUUGAUUCAUCUAUUCAAAGGUUGAUGGCUUUGUCCAAGAAGUUAUCUUCUAUUGAUGAGAACAUUUCGUGUGAUCCUGCAUAUUUAAUGAAGACUGGAAGGGAGCGUGGUGGAAGAUUCGAGUAUGAUGACUUCGACUCAGUUCCACACAAAUAUUUUUGAGAUGGUCUCUGCAUUAUGCUACUCAGAAGUACAUUAGUCAAACUAGCUGUUCUCACGAUUAUCAGUUUGAUCCGUAAAUUCCAGCCAUCAAAUUUAAACCAUGUAAAUUCUGGCGUUAAAUGAAUGGAGCUUUUGAAGCAGAGGUCACUGUGAAUCAGUUGGUAGAAUUUAUCGAAUCAGCUCUCCUCUUGGAUACCUUUUGCUG